AUGAAGGCGGCGAGCGAGGCCAACCAGCAGCGGAUCAGGGCAGCAACGCCCCCGCCCGUGAAGCUGUUGUUGCAGCGCAUACGUGCCCCUCCGUCCGACCCAUGUGGGCACGUCAAAGCCCCGCAGCCGCAGACACUGUGCCGAUUGUUCCGCCUGGCGGGUGCUGAGUGGUGCGUCCAGCGCAUCCACAUCACAUCACGAAGCAGGCCCAGCAUCGUUGCGACCUUGGAGCACAAGCGAUGCAUCCUGCUCGGACGUCCCCUGUCCGUGGUAUUGUUUGUCGUCCUGUGGACCCUUGUGUCGCACUAUUUGGUUAUUAUGUGGUCACCGCCUGCGGGCACUGUCCGCGCAUUUCGCGCUCGGGCCAUGGAUGGCCUCUGCAUCAAUGUCGCCGACAUGAUGGGUGAGCUUUCUAGAGCACGCCAGCUCCUCACCGCUGCAAAGUUCGCGCCCGGCGACGAAGAUACGAGCCGUAGUGCCCUGGCACCAGCGUUGCGGAAAGCUCGGCGAGGAGGCGUUGCGGAGCUGUCGGGCAUGCGCGCGGAGCAUCUGAACAUUUUGCUUAUCGACGUGCCCGCUAUCGAGCUCAUCGCUUUCGUGGCAGCCAGACUCGCGAAUGCGGAAGUACCCGCGGGCAUCUUCCCGGCCUUGGCUCCGGCACGCUUCACGGCGCUCCGCAAGCCGGACGGCGGUGUACGCGGCGUCGCGACGGGCGACGUGUUCCGCCACCUGGUUUCCCGAGCUCUCGUCAAAGGUUGGGCUAUGCGACCAUACCAGUUUGCUUUGCAGGCACAUGCCGGCACGGACGAACUCGCAGCAUGCGUGCGAACGGCACAGGAGCUGCGCGAUGGUGCCGUGUUGAUUUCGCUCGAUGGGCGGAGCGCUUAUGACACCAUGUCGCGAGCUUCGUUCCUCACUGCGCCGGAGUUGGUCCUGUUCGCCAUUGCCACGACAUCACGCAAGGAGAAGGGUGUGAACAAGGCGUAA